ACCUUUAUUUUGGUUUUCAACUAAUUACCAAUGGCAGGUUUGACAGACUUUAGCAUUGUCGUGGAAGAAAUGGGCUAAAAGAAUGGGUUGAAAGAUAACUAUGGGUGCCACCGCGUCGCAACUGGAGAAGGAAAUCGGUCAUGAAUUUCCUCAAAAUGAACAUUAUUUUGGUCUGGUAAAUUUUGGGAAUACUUGUUACUGUAACUCCGUGCUGCAAGCGCUAUUUUUCUGUCGUCCAUUUCGAGAGAGGGUGCUGGGGUACAAACCCCUUUCCAAGAGGAAAGAAUCCUUGCUGACUUGUUUGGCUGAUCUUUUUGGCAACAUCGCUUCUCAAAAGAAGAAAGUUGGUGUUUUGGCACCCAAGAAAUUCGUAGCCAGACUUAGAAAGGAGAACGAACUUUUUGACAACUACAUGCAACAAGAUGCACAUGAAUUCUUAAAUUAUCUUCUUAAUACAAUAGCAGACCUGUUACAAGGAGAAAAAGCAAAGGAGAAAGAAAAAGAUAAACAUAGCAGCACUAGCAGUGUCAGCAGUAAAAGCAGCAUCUCUUCUGCGGGAACAACAAACGGAGGAUCACAGCAAAACUCCAAAACAGAGCCUACAUGGGUUCAUGAUAUCUUUGAAGGAAUUCUUACAAAUGAAACAAGAUGUCUCUGCUGUGAAACAGUAAGUAGCAAGGAUGAAUCAUUUCUGGAUCUUUCGGUGGAUGUCGAACAAAAUACGUCAAUAACACAUUGUCUCAAAGGCUUCUCAUCAACUGAGACACUUUGCAGUGAACACAAAUACUUCUGUGAAACAUGCUGUAGUAAGCAAGAGGCACAAAAAAGAAUGAGAGUGAAGAAACUACCAAAGAUUCUAGCACUUCACUUGAAGAGGUUUAAAUACAUGGAACAGCUGCAGAGAUAUGCAAAGCUAUCCUACCGAGUAGUGUUUCCCUUUGAACUAAGGCUCUUUAACACAUCUGAUGAUGCAAUUAAUCAUGAAAAACUUUAUGACCUGGUUGCUGUUGUCAUACAUUGUGGCAGUGGACCAAACAGGGGUCACUAUAUCACAAUAGUGAAAAGUCAUGGUCUUUGGCUUCUCUUUGAUGAUGAUAUUGUAGAGAAAAUUGAAGCUCAAGCGAUAGAAGAAUUCUAUGGCUUGACAUCAGAAAUCCAGAAGUCGUCAGAAUCAGGCUACAUCCUUUUCUAUGAAGCAAGGGGAUAGAAUUAAAUGACGAAAAACUCUGAUAAUAAUUUAUAAGGGGCACUGAAAGAUACUCAGAGGACUUACAAAAUAUCCAUGUUUUAAAUGUAUAUUCACGUUGGAUUUAUUUUGUUGCUUUCUCAAGAAGCCCAUGGGAGACUUUCAUGUGCAAGGGUCGGGAUGCUUGACAUCUUGUUUAGGAGUGUACAUUGAAUAUUUUAGUAUCAUUAAGGGUAUCCAGUUCAGUAUUUUUAGCCCUCAAAGUAUUGUUUAGGGCUGUAUGUGCAAAAUGCCAUCACGUUGUGCUGAUCGUCUAGACCAAUCAGGUGUGAAUUUGUUUUUACAAUAAAAUUAUGGUAUCUCGUAGGGGUCAAAUACAGCUUGAACCACACCCAGAUUGGUCUCUUUUAGGAUUCUACGUCAAACAUCCUAAGCCUUCAGACGAGAGUCCCUCCCCCUCCCCUCUCCCCCUGGCCAGGGGAAGAAGAUCUUGUGGCAGGUUACUGUAAAUGAUUACUAUGUUAGGCCUCAAUGUGGCUGUUGAAAAGAAAUUACAUGUACAAUGUAGCUGUUUUACUUCAAAAUGCAUUCAGUUGACCUGCAAUGCUAAAAUGUACAUUUCUCAUUUCGUAGUUUUGAACGAGUAGUCUUGUUAAUCUCUUGGUAUUUAAUUUUGUAUUAUUUUGUUGUUAAAUAUUUUGAUUAAGUCUGCGCUGCUAAUAAAGUAUAUCCUUGUCAUCUACA